UUGUUACUGGCGGAAGAUCCUUUACGCCAUUUUGAGAUCGGCCGAGUAGUUUUUGGAACGCAGUGUGGUCGAGAAUUUUCAAACUAUGUUGCUUGUUUAGGCUUUUACAAAAUCGUGUUUUGUUUUUCUUAAAGUGAAGAAAUUUGGCGCUCCAUUUGUGUCCCAAAUUACUGGUUAAGCCAUGGCCACUGACGCAGCAGCCGACCAGGCAACAGCAGAGUAUAUUCCAGAGAAGGUGAAGAAGGCAGAGAAGAAGCUGGAAGAAAACCCAUAUGACCUUGAUGCGUGGAGCAUUCUGAUUCGAGAAGCACAGAACCAACCGAUAGAUAAAGCAAGGAAGACAUAUGAACGACUUGUCACCCAGUUCCCAAGCUCUGGGAGGUUCUGGAAGCUAUUCAUAGAAGCCGAGAUCAAAGCUAAAAACUAUGACAAAGUAGAAAAGCUGUUCCAGAGAUGCCUAAUGAAAGUUUUGCACAUCGACCUGUGGAAAUGUUACCUGUCAUAUGUGCGAGAGACCAAAGGGAAGCUGCCCAGCUACAAAGAGAAGAUGGCCCAAGCAUAUGAUUUUGCCCUGGAUAAAAUUGGCAUGGAAAUAAUGUCCUAUCAGAUUUGGGUAGACUACAUUAACUUCCUCAAAGGAGUUGAGGCUGUGGGCUCAUACGCAGAGAACCAGCGGAUCACCGCGGUACGGCGAGUGUAUCAGAGGGGCUGCGUCAAUCCCAUGAUCAACAUAGAACAGCUCUGGAGAGAUUAUAAUAAAUACGAAGAGGGCAUCAACGUGCACUUGGCCAAAAAAAUGAUCGAGGAUCGAAGUAGGGACUACACGAAUGCCAGGAGGGUUGCAAAAGAAUAUGAGACUGUAAUGAAGGGGCUGGACAGAAACGCGCCCUCAGUGCCUCCACAGAACUCCCCACAGGAAGCUCAACAAGUAGAAAUGUGGAAAAAGUACAUCCAGUGGGAAAAGAACAACCCACUGAGGACUGAAGACCAGACUCUGAUCACAAAGAGAGUGAUGUUUGCCUAUGAGCAGUGCCUGCUGGUCUUGGGUCACCAUCCUGACAUAUGGUAUGAGGCAGCACAAUACCUGGAGCAGUCCAGCAAACUGCUGGCUGAAAAGGGGGAUAUGAACAAUUCCAAACUGUUUAGCGAUGAAGCUGCGAACAUUUAUGAACGUGCCAUUGGGAAUCUGCUGAAGAAGAACAUGCUUCUCUACUUUUCAUUUGCUGACUAUGAAGAAAGUCGCAUGAAAUACGAGAAGGUCCAUAGCAUCUAUAAUAAACUGCUUGCCAUUGAGGAUAUUGACCCCACACUGGUCUACAUCCAGUACAUGAAGUUUGCCAGGAGGGCAGAAGGCAUCAAAUCGGGUCGUACCAUUUUCAAGAAGGCCAGGGAGGACCCACGGACACGUCACCACGUGUACGUGACGGCAGCGCUGAUGGAGUACUACUGCAGCAAGGAUAAAUCUGUGGCCUUCAAGAUUUUUGAGCUUGGUUUGAAGAAAUAUGGUGAUAUUCCUGAGUACAUCCUUGCGUACAUUGAUUACCUCUCACACCUUAACGAGGAUAACAACACGAGAGUCCUGUUUGAACGUGUCCUCACUUCAGGAAACUUGUCAGCAGAAAAGUCAGGUGAAGUCUGGUCUCGCUUCUUGGCCUUUGAGAGCAACAUUGGGGACCUGGCCAGUAUUCUGAAAGUGGAGCGCAGGCGCUUUUCUGCCUUCAAGGACGAGUAUGAAGGCAAAGAGACAGCCUUGCUUGUAGAUAGGUACAAAUUCAUGGACUUAUACCCCUGCUCUACCAGUGAACUCAAGGCCCUUGGAUACAAGGAUGUGUCUCGUGCUAAAUUGGCGUCACUGCUGCCAGAGACUAUAGUUGUGCCCUCAGUGCCUACACUCAAAGAUGAUCUCGACCGUAAACCAGAGUACCCUAAGCCGGACACCAGUCAGAUGAUCCCCUUUCAGCCACGUCAUCUUGCCCCUCCAGGUUUACAUCCUGUACCAGGUGGAGUUUUCCCAGUUCCCCCAGUUGCUGUCAUCCUAAUGAAGCUGCUUCCUCCACCGACCUGCUUCACUGGUCCCUUUGUUCGUGUGGAUGAGCUCAUGGAAACGUUCAGGAGAUGCACACUUCCUGACUCCGUUGAAGCUGCUAUAGAGGUGAUCACUGGAAAACAGCUCGAUGCAGGAGGUGAGGGUAACGGCCCCAUGGAGAACCACACUAUUGUCAAGUCACUUAAGAGGCCGAACGCAGACUCCGACGAAGAGGAUGACAAAGGAGCUAUAGCUCCGCCCAUACAUGACAUUUAUCGCGCCCGCCAACAGAAGAGGAUUCGAUAAGCUCGGUGAACACACGCUGAACCGAACGGGAGUAUGACCUUACCUGGUGACGAUACGAUGUAAAUGAACCUGUCAGCAUUUCUGAGCAACAUUUUCUGUACAGCAACCAACCAUACAAACGCACAUACACACAAUACCGUAUGUACAUGUGUUCUUGUGGUUUUGUUCUUUUUUUAUGGUUUUUAUUUUAUAGAUUGAACAUUAUACUGUACAAAGUUUUUAAUUCACCUGUUGAUUUCGAUGAGAAACUCAGUUAUGGCCUGGUGGUGUUCCAGUACUAGCAAAGUGGAAUGGAACUUCUUUUUUUUUUUAACAGGAGGAAAUCCAUUUCCUUACAAUAAAAGUGGAAAAAAUCAACAAGAUGUGCUUUUUGUUUGACUUUACAAUUUGUAAUGAUGCUGAUGCAACUUUAAAUUGAAACUCGCCAAAUCAG